CAGCGCCAUCGCCGCAGUCCCCCCGCCCCCGACACACCUACAACGAACGGAAUGUUGGCGCCGCAGUCAAUGUCGACCAUGGGCAAAACGUUGACCGCCGGUGACGGUAGCAAUAGGGAUAGCUUUGGCGACGAUGGCAACGCCGAGGGGAGCAGUGGCGAAAUGAACGGCAGACACGUGCAGCAGCAGCAUUACCAGCAGCCGGACCUCAUGCAGUCUCAAGCUCACCAGCCGCAGCAGAACGGUCGUAUGCGGCCGCCUCCGGUGCCUGUUCGUCAGUCACAGUCGCUGCCCCAGCAGCAACAGCCGCAGGCGCCGCUACCGCCCCCACCUCAGCCCAAGACCAUGGCUGUGAACAAGCGCAUAUAUCAGCGACUCGACCUGCUUGGCAAGGGCGGAUCUUCGCGCGUGUAUCGCGUCAUGGACAUGACGACUAACGAGAUCUAUGCGCUCAAACGCGUCGCCCUCGACAGAACAGACCCUGAGUCGAUGAACGGGUAUAUGAACGAGAUUGCGCUGCUCAAGCGGCUCGACGGGAACCAUCGAAUCAUCAGGCUCAUCGACAGCGAGGUCCGCCGUGGUGGUGCUGGAUCAAAGGGUAUCUUGAUGUUGCUUAUGGAAUGUGGCGAAAUUGAUCUUGCUAGGUUAUUGCAACAACAGCAGACCGAGCCGGUCGACUUCGUUUGGGUGUCGUACUACUGGAAACAAAUGCUUCAAGCCGUGCAUGUAAUCCACGAAGAGAAGAUUGUUCACUCCGAUCUCAAGCCUGCGAACUUCGUCUUGGUCAAGGGUCAACUGAAGUUGAUCGACUUCGGUAUUGCCAAUGCUAUUGCCAACGACACCACGAACAUCCAACGAGACCAUCAGAUUGGUACCGUCAACUACAUGAGUCCCGAAGCCAUUGAGUUACCUGAUGGCAUGCGCCGCCUUAAAGUCGGCCGACAAAGCGAUAUCUGGUCAUUAGGAUGCAUCCUGUAUCAGAUGGUGUAUGGCCAACCGCCAUUCCAGCACCUGUCCGUCUACCAAAAAAUGAAAGCCAUCCCCGACGGCUCGUACCAAAUCGACUUCCCCGAGUACGCCUCGCCGCUUGCGCCACGUACGGAGCCAGGCUCACCGCAGAAACGGCUGAAUCACCUCAAAGUGCCUGUGCCCAAGCACGUCAUCGAGACAAUCAAACGAUGUCUUGUGCGGAAUCCCAAGGAGCGGGCGACGAUCCCUGAGCUGCUUGAUGAGAACUGGCUAACUAUGCGGGAACCAACGUCAGUAUUAGCACCACCAGCCUCGCCGUCGCCAGCGCCUCCGGCCACCGCGCCUACCCUUAAGGAGGACGAGGUCGUCAUCAACCCGUUCUUCAUGUCUCAACUGCUGAAGUACGGCAUUAUGCUCGGUCAGUCAGACAAGAGCUUUGAGGGUGACGCGCUGUCCUCCGAGGCCAUGCGGCUUGUCCGGGAGCUCCAGAACGUCCGAGCGAGCACCGACACGCCUCCACCGGAGGCAAGCGAAGAGGACGGCGCCGUUGAAACCACUGAUGCAGACGCAACAUGACAACUGCGCUGUGCAGCACAAAUGGGCACCGCCAAGGCAUGCCGCACUCAGUGGACGACGGACCUUCGCCGGGUGCUCCAUAAGCCCCUCGCGCCAUAUUCUCGGGAUCCGCCUCUCACGCGUCCCAGCUACGCGCGACGAUAACACGUGGAAGGACUAUAUUAUGACAUCCCUUCCAUCCGGUGGGAAGCCGUGGGCUUUCACCCUACGGCGCCCUUGCUCGCUGUUUCUCCCCGCGAUGAAUGCCAUCGUCCGACAUUUUACAAUAGGUUCGAACACAUUCUCAUCUUUCGCCUUUCACAUCACAUUUUUCUUGUUGUUCCUGAUACUCAUCAUGUGUGUUGAUAUACUACCCGAUCCGGUCGCUCGUAUUCUUGCUACUCACAUACAUUAGUACCCUCAUGAUGCUCUCUUCUCUUUCUCGUUUGGCACACCUACACGCUGUACACUCAUACAUAGUUCGAGGA